AUGAAGUUCAACAUUGCGAAUCCGACUACUGGAUGCCAGAAGAAGCUCGAAAUCGACGAUGACCAGAAACUCCGAGUCUUUUGGGACAAGAGGAUCUCUCAGGAGGUUAGUGGAGAUGCAUUGGGCGAGGAAUUCAAAGGCUAUGUUUUCAAGAUCAUGGGAGGCUGUGACAAGCAAGGUUUCCCCAUGAAGCAGGGUGUGCUGACUCCUGGCCGUGUGAGACUCUUGCUGCACAGAGGAACUCCAUGCUUCCGUGGUUAUGGAAGGAGAAAUGGAGAGCGCCGAAGGAAAUCUGUUCGUGGGUGCAUUGUUAGCCCUGAUUUAUCGGUUUUGAAUUUGGUGAUUGUUAAGAAGGGUGAGAAUGAUCUUCCUGGGUUGACUGAUGUCGAGAAGCCGAGGAUGAGGGGUCCCAAGAGGGCUUCAAAGAUCCGCAAGCUUUUCAACCUUUCCAAGGACGACGAUGUUAGGAAGUAUGUCAACACAUACCGCCGGACAUUCACCACCAAAUCUGGUAAGAAGGUCAGCAAAGCUCCCAAGAUUCAGAGGCUAGUGACCCCAUUGACCCUACAGAGGAAGAGAGCUAGAAUUGCCGACAAGAAGAAGAGGAUUGUCAAGGCCAAGUCAGAAGCUGCGGAGUACCAGAAGCUUCUCGCCACCCGUUUGAAGGAACAGAGAGAAAGGAGGAGCGAGAGUCUGGCCAAGAAGAGGUCCAGACUCUCAGCAGCCGCCUCUAAACCAUCAGUUACUGCAUAA